GUCCGAUUAAUUGAUCAUAUGGGACCAUAUAGUUGUGGUGAUUUAUAUAGAGGUAAAUUGACGAAAGGCAUUCUGAACAAAGAUGUGACAGUUGCAGUGGAAACGUUCAGGCCUGAAACUAGAAUGGAUCCAGAUUCGAAAAUCAAAUUCUUGCGUGAGUCUAAUCAAAUGCUUGCGUUGAAGCAUAAAAACGUGAUUCGCUUAUAUGGUGUUUGCACGCAGAAGUUGCCAAUAUUAAUCGUUAGAGAAUUUGCUCCAGGGGGAAGUUUAUUGGAUCGUAUUCGUAAUUUGGAGGUUGCACUCUCACUCGAAGACAAACAACGAUAUUGCAGGCAUAUAGCUUAUGGAAUGGAGUAUCUUUCUAAUGAACGAGUGCAUUUUCCUGAUCUUUCGCACAUUUCCAGACCACUUUGA